AUGAAAUUGCCAACACAAUAUCCAACACCAAGAGUGCCAGAAGCAACAUCAUCAGCAGUAUCAGCAGCAUCGCCAGCAUCGCAAUCACUCACCUCACCGCAACAUCAUACGGCGGAUAUCGAUGCCUUGACCGCACUACAAGUGGAGGAGGUUAUUUAUACACAGUCACAAGGAAAUACCAGUUACCAAUUAGACUCCGAAUCAAGCAUUGCUCCCAACGUACAAGAGCCAACACUCCAGCAGCAACAUACCGCCUAUGAGGAUCGUACAGUAUCAGUCCUUCCCCCGUAUAAUCUAUGUAUCGGCAACAACAAGCAACCACAACCAUUCGAGGCUGAGCAACACGAACACGAACAGGAACAGGAACUGGCACGGGAACUGGAACAGGAACAGCAACAGCAACAGCAACAGCAGAAGCAACUGGGGAACACGAGCUAUGAGCAGUUCCUAAAGUUGUCCGCUCAUGAAUAUUCGGAACCUGACAGAAGCACCGCGGCUGCUCUAAAUCUCAGCAGUAUUGGCGAAAAGGAAGCGGCAUUGGUCGUUGAAUCCAAGACGGAUCUUGAAGAUCCACCAGAGUUUCGGAUGCUUCGAGAGGUCAAUGCGACCGAGGCGGAGGAUCCUCGAGGACCCACUGCCGGUGGAAUCAGUAACAAAGGCCGUGAGCCGUGA